AUGCCUGCAGAACCUCGCUUCACGCGGCUCUUUACCGAGCUUCUUCUCCGCGUAUUCAUGACUCUCAUUAUGUCCCUCUUCCCGCGUUCCCCCAAUACUCUCUCGCAUUCUCGCCGCUGUUUUCGAUGGGCCAACGAAUGCCGCCGGCCCAUCGGCUGCCAUAUUGCCUAUUUCCUCCCACCAAGGCUCCACUUCGCGGUUCCCGGCGCUGAUAGCGACGGCGGGGUUGACGGCGAAGGAGACGGGGACCGAGCGAGCGACUGGCCGAUGCGGUUCCCGUCCCGCGAAGACCAAUUUCUCGACUUUGUUGCCCUAUCGAAAUGGUUGCUCGAGCAGCUCAGUGGGUGGCGGUGGCCUUACGCUUGCUGCUACGGGUGCGCGAGUCACCGAGUGCGCCAGCAUCCUCCAAGCCUGUCAGGUGGAGCGGUAGGAACGAAAUCGCCAUUUCUUUCAGCACCAACACCUUCACCAGCGACAAUUUCUCCGAUAAAUCUUGCGGUCGGCCCCGGGACGGCUGUACUAGAGCUUCUGGGCUGGCUCUCGCACGCCGUGCUGAACAAGGUGAAGAAGACGCUGUCGCGGGGAGUCGGGGACAAAGAGGAUGAGCGGAGGUGGGGGGGGGAGGUACAUGAGGCAAAGCGACUGACCGACUGCAGCGUUGAACGAGGAAUGCAGGACGAGGAGGGCGGUGUUGUCGUUCGGCCGAGCGAAGGCCGAGUCGGGACCACAAAAGGAAAGCCUGGUGAGACGAUCAUUGGCAGCCGGACGAGGGGAGGGAACGGCAGCAUCGGCAGACACGGGAGGAGCGACUCCACUUCCUUGAAGAACAACACCGCCGCCGGUCGUAGACGCCACCGCGUGAUCCACCUAAGCAUGAAUGGGAGAUAUGUCGAUGGUAAGGGCAAUGAGAGAAGCGGCGAGAAGGCGUCGGUGACGGUGACCGCUGCAGGUGCCCGCGGGAACAAUAACAGCGGCUGCAGUGCUGGCGACAACGCCAGGGGGUGUCGCGCCCUGCAACCAGAGCUGGCGUCGAUGAUGGCGACGACGGCGGCGGUUUCCUCCGUGAGUGGGUACACGUGCUGCUGGUGUUCCAGUUCCGGUUCUGCUCGCUGCUCGUGCUGUGUGUCACAGUUCGGCUCGUCCAUGGAUGAUGGACACGGUGGUGGAGACGGCGGGAAUGAAUUGGAAUACGACGAGGUGCGGAAUUACAACCACCUGAAGCUGCUCGUCACUUUCAUCUUAUGUAACGGGCUAAAGAAACCGAAAUCAAACAGGUGCGGGACCGAUCCCUGGACGGAUCGUGUUGAGAUUUUAAGAAAGGCCGCUGCGGUGAUCUCGAGUGCCACGGCCGGUGGCGAUUCUCCUCCGCAAGCAGCACCAGCACCAGCACCAGCACCAGCCUAUUCGAAACCGAGCAGCCACGGCAAUGGGUACGGCGAUGGCUACAGUAGAGGUGGGGGUGGACGUGAGAGCGGGCGCCAAACUUCUCACGCCGAGGAUACUUCCAGCGCGUCCGGUAUCAGCGCAUCGGAAGAUCGCAAGGACUGCUUAGAGUCGAUGCUGGUGCGACGCAGAGGCGAGGUGUUGCAGCACCUCAAGGCGGUGGCCGCCGGAGAGCGAAGAAUCAACAACUUACACGGGGGUGGCAGCACCGGUGGCGGCGGCGGCAGCGACAACCUGCCGUGCUUCCGGGAAAAGGCUCUCCUGCUGAGGAACCAAGAACGCGCUCUCCUCGAGGAGCUGGAAAGGAGGAAGGCCAGAGUUGGGGCGCUGACCAUAGAGCUGCGUGAUGCGGAAGCCACCGUCGAUGAGGGGGAGGUGGAGGUCAGGGAGGCAGCCGCCGAUUGCUCUGACCCCACCAAACUGUACAAGACCAAGUCGGCCAUCCGGCAGCUCAAGGCUGAUGUCAAGGCCAUAGACGUGAUAAUCGGGGCAAAGUCUGCGACCCUGUUGGGCAAGCAGCAGGGGGUGCAGGGGGCGGGGCAGAAUUGGGGAUCCAAUCCCUACGGUCGGGAAGAGACUCACGAAAGCUGA